GCGGGGGCGGGAGCGGCGGCGGCGGCGCGGGCAGCGAGCGCUCCGGGGCUGCGCCUCCAUCCCCGCCGCCCCGCCGGCAUGUUCUCCAGGAAGAGCCACGCCGACGUCAGGAAAUCCACGCAGAAGGCGCUGGACCCCAAGCGGGACGUGCUGACCCGCCUGAAGCACCUCCGGGCGCUGCUGGAUCUCGUGGAUGGAAGUGACCUGAAGCAGUUUUUUGACAACAAUUACUCUCAAAUUUAUUUUAUAUUCUAUGAAAACUUCAUAACACUGGAAAACAGCUUGAAGCAAAAAGGGAAUAAAUCGCAAAGGGAGGAGCUGGACUCCAUCCUCUUUCUCUUUGAAAAAAUACUGCAGCUGCUGCCCGAGAGGAUUUUUUAUCGAUGGCAUUUUCGCAGUAUAGGGUCGAUUCUGAAGAAGCUUUUGCACACUGGAAAUUCUCUCAAGCUGCGGUGUGAGGGGAUGAGGCUGUUCCUGCUGUGGCUGCAGGCCCUGCAGUCCAACUGUGGCGAGGAGCAGGUGCUGCUGUUUGCCUGCCUGGUGCCUGGGUUCCCCCCGCUGCCGUCCCCCCGCGGGCCCUGCACGCUGGACAGCCUGCUCAGCCCCCCGGCCCCGCCCGACGCCAAGGUGUUCCCGGAGGAAAUCACCCCGCUGGUGCCGGCUGUCCCUGGGGAGAAACCUGCCGAGGAGCAGACCUGCUACUUCCUGCAGCUGCUGCUGAAAUACAUGGUCACCCAGGCUGCCAGCUUGGAGUGGAAGAACAAGGAGAACCAAGACACUGGAUUUAAGUUUCUCUUUGCUUUGUUCAGAAAAUACUAUCUUCCCCACUUGUUCCCAUCUUUCACAAGGCUGACCAACCUCUACAAGCCUGUGCUUGACAUUCCUGAUGUCAGGCCAAGGCCGGUGUACGUGGCUGCAACACGCAACAACGAGAGCGUCUACUGCACUAAAAUCCCCUACAUGGCAGCUCGCGUGGUGUUCAUCAAGUGGCUGGUUACCUUCUUCCUGGAAAAGAAGUAUUUAACUGCUGCUCAGAACACAAAAAAUGGAGGAGAAAUGCUCCCUAAAAUUAUUCAGACAGCCGCCGUGGGCCAGGAGAAGGGCGCGGAGCCGGAGGGCAGCGCGGCAGCGGCGGGCGAGCAGGAGCGAGGGCACUGCAGCAGCAGCAGCAGCAGCAGCCUGGGGGACAGGAGGCUCAGCAGCUGCAGCCUGUGCAGCGUGGAGGAGCAGCACCGCAGCGUCUACCAGAUGGUGCAGGGCAUCCUGCUCUCCACGCGUGGAUACGUCAACUUCGUCCACGAGGUGUUCCGCCAGGCUUUCCUGUUGCCGCCCUCUGAUAUAUCGGCGACACGGAAGGUGGUGAAGGUGUACCAGAAGUGGAUCCUGCAGGAGAAACCCGUGUUCAUGGAGGAGCCAGACAAGAGGGAGGAGGAGAGCCAGGAUGCUGCUGCUCCCUUGGAAGACUCCUCAGUGCAAACAGACGGUAAACAUCUCUCCUCGGAGCCCUGCGGCCACAAGCGCUCCUCCAGCUGGGGCAGGACCUACUCCUUCAGCAGCGCUGUCAGCAGGGGCUGUGUGCUGGAGGAUGAGGACAGGGAUGUGAAGGCUGGAGCUCAGGCUGCGCUGCAGGUGUUCCUGACCAACUCAGCCAACGUUUUCCUGCUGGAGCCGUGCACUGAGGUCCCUGUGCUGCUGAAGGAGCAGGUGGAUGCUUGCAAAGCCGUUCUCAGCAUCUUCAGGCGCAUGAUAAUGGAGCUGUCCAUGAACAGAAAGACGUGGGAGCAGAUGCUGCAGGUACUCCUCAGGAUAACAGAAGCUGUGAUGCAGAAGCCGAAGGAGGGCCAGACGAAGGACACGUUUGCUCAGAGCAUGGCAGGGCUGCUGUUCAGGACCCUGCUGGUGGCUUGGAUCAGAGGCAGCCUGAGCGUGUUCAUCUCCCGGGAGCUGUGGGACGAGCUGCUGAGCGUGCUGUCCGCCCUGACCCACUGGGAGGAGCUGGUCACAGAGUGGGCCAGCAUCAUGGACUCGCUGACAGCCGUGCUGGCCAGGACUGUGUACGGCGUGGAGAUGACAAACCUGCCCCUGGACAAGCUCAGCGAGCAGAAGGAAAAAAAGCAGAGAGGCAAAGGUGGUGUUUUAGAGCCCCAGAAGACAGCUGUGGUGGGAAGAUCUUUUUCCUUAAGCUGGAAAAGUCACCCUGAAGUUGUGGAGCCGAUGAGGUUCAGAAGUGCCACGACCUCUGGGGCCCCAGGAGUGGAGAAGGCGAGGAGCAUUGUCCGUCAGAGAGCCACAGCUAAGCGAAGCCAGUCUAUCAGCAACUGUGUCCAUCUCUAUGAGGCUUUGCCAACCACUAAAAGUGUUCCUCUUCUGCUUCACACUGUGAGCUCUCUCUUCCCUGGUAUCUCUUACACUUCUUGCUCUCACAGACUGUCAGAAGUUGAAGAAUCUCAACAGCUGGAAAAUUCAGAAGGAGCAGAAGCUGCAGGCCCAUUUGCAGACCAAGAGCAGCAGCUAACUCGAAGCAGCAGCACUUCAGAUAUUGCAGAUCAGAUUCCAUCUGAGUUUUUUCAAGGUAAAACUGCUGGAAAUUCAGCUUCAGACUCCAGAUCACUUCAGGAAAAUAGGGGAUGUGCAAAGGAGCAGGAAGCCGAGCAAGUGCCGAUGUGGAGGAGCAGCAGCACGGCCGAGCUGGGUGAUGCGAGGGCAGACUCGCAGGGCUGUUACAGAGACAGGGAGAAAAGUGAGAGCCUCAGCAGUGACACGUCCCUGGGCUGUGCCACCGACGUGGACGCGGCUCUGGUGGCCUGGCAGGCGGCCGAGGACGAGCCCGAGGCUGGGACAGGUGUGGAUCCUGCAGCACCACGCUGGCUCCAGCUCAGCCCCUCACAGGAGCCUGCCAACCUCACAGACAGCAGUGAGUUCCUGGCUGAUGACUGCAGUAUAAUUGCUGGUGGAAGCCUUGUUGGUUGGCAUCCUGAUUCUGCUGCCGUGCUCUGGAGGAGGAUCCUGGGAAUUCUUGGGGAUGUGAACAACAUACAGUCACCCAAAAUCCAUGCAAAAGUUUUUGGCUACCUUUACGAGCUGUGGUAUAAACUUGCCAAGAUCCGGGACAACCUCGCUAUCAGCGUGGACAAUCAGUCAACUCCCUCUCCUCCCGUGCUCAUCCCUCCCCUCAGGAUAUUUGCAUCCUGGCUGUUCAAGGCUGCCACGCUGCCCAGCGAGUACAAGGAGGGGAAGCUGCAGGCCUUCAGGCUGCUCUGUGCCAUGAUGAGCCGGCGCCAGGACCUGCUGCCCAACUCCGACUUCCUGGUGCAUUUCUACUUGGUGCUGCGCCUGGGGCUGACCAGCGAGGACCAGGACAUCCUGAACACUGUCAUAAAGCACUGCCCACCGUGGUUCUUCUUCCUGGGGCUGCCUGGCUUCACGAUGCUGAUCGGGGACUUCCUCGGCGCGGCGGCGCGCGUGCUGAGCACGGACACGCCGGAGGCUCCCCGCUGUGAAGCUCACACCAUCCUUGGUGCUCUUGUGUGCUUUCCAAACACCUAUCAAGGAAUCCCGUGGGUGGGACCCGUCUCAGAAGGCAGUGAGAGCAUCACAGGGAGUGCAGAUAUGAAGUAUUGCCUCAUAAAUAUUUUAUUGAAGAAUGCUACAGAGGAGCCAAGUGAAGCUGCAAGAUGCAUAGCCAUCUGUGGCCUGGGCGUGUGGAUCUGCGAGGAGCUGACGCAGCGCAGCAGCCACCCCCACGUGAAGAGAGCCAUCAAUGUCAUAGGUGUGACACUGAAGUUUUCCAACAAGCUGGUAGCUCAUGUCGCCUGUGAUGUCCUUCAGCUGCUGGUGUCGUACUGGCAGAAGCUCCAGGAAUACGAAUCCUCCCUGUGCCGGAAAAUUACUGAAAUCCUGGUGGCCACCAUCGCGUUUCUCCUGCCCGGUGCCGAACACUCCUCCCUGGAAGCGGAUAAGAAGUUCAUAGUUUCUCUGCUGCUUUGUCUGCUGGACUGGUGCAUGGCACUGCCCAUGAAGAUGCUGCUGGAGCCCGUGUCUGCAGCUGCUGUGGAGGAUCAGCAUGCAUCCAGAGCUCCUCUGCUGGAUUAUAUUUACAGAGUCCUGCACUGCUGCGUCAACGGCUCCAGCACCUACAGCCAGCAAAGCCACUACGUGCUGAGCCUGGCCGACCUCUCCUGCUCUGACUACGACCCCUUCCUGCCCCUGGGGAACGUCAGGAGCUCCUCAGAGCCAGCCCAGUGCCCUUCCUCCACCGACCUGGGGAACCUGCUCACCGUGGCUGAAGAGAAGAGGAGGAGGAAUUUGGAGCUGAUCCCUCUCACGGCGCGGAUGGUCAUGACUCACCUGGUGAAUCACCUGAGCCACUACCCGCUGAGCGGGGGCCCCGCCAUCCUGCACAGCCUCCUGAGCGAGAACCACGACAAUUCCUACGUGGAGUCCUCCGAGCUGUGCUCGGAAGUGUUCCGCAGCCCCAACCUGCAGCUCUUCGUGUUCAACGACAGCACCCUCAUCUCCUACCUCCAGAUCCCCGCCGAGCACAGGCCGGGCGCCGAGCCGGCCGCGGCGCCCUCGGACGUGCGGGUCAUCGUCAGGGACAUCUCGGGGAAGUACUCGUGGGACGGCCACGUGCUCUACGGGCCCCUGGAGGGCCGCCCGCCUCAGUGUGGCACUGCCACCGUCACCGGUGAGGCGCGGCAGCUCGGCCUGUGCCAGGACACCUUCACCGGUGAGGCGCGGCGGCUCGGCCCGUGCCAGGACAGCGAGGUGCAGCAGCUGGGCCUAUGCCAGGAUGGCUUCACCGGUGAGGCGCGGCAGCUCGGCCUGUGCCAGGAUGGCUUCAUCGGUGAGGCGCGGCAGCUGGGCCCGUGCAAGGAGAGCUUUGCUGGUGAGGCACGGCAGCUGGGCCCGAGCCAGGAUGGCUUCACCGGUGAGGCACAGCAGCUCGGCCUGUGCCAGGACGGCUUCACCGGUGAGGUGCGGCAGCUGGGCCUGUGCCAGGAUGGCUUCACCGGUGAGGUGCGGCAGCUGGGCCUGUGCCAGGAUGGCUUCACCGGUGAGGCACGGCAGCUGGGCCCGAGCCAGGACAGUGACACACGGCAGCUCGGCCCGAGCCAGAACACCUUCACUGGUGAGGCAUGGCAGCCCGGCCCGAGCCAGGACAGUGACACGCGGCAGCUGGGCCCGUGUCAGGACGGGGCGGAGGAGGGCGAGGACGCGCUGGACCAGCUGCUGGAGCGCAUCGGGAGCAGCAGCCCCGAGUGCCUGCCGCACCCGCAGCGCAGGCUGAACGAGCCCGCGCCGCCGCCCCGCGGCCUCAGCGCCGAGCAGGAGCGCGCCCUCAGCGAGGCCCUGCUGCGGCAGAGCGCCCGCGAAAGGGACUUCGUGCUGAGCUGCGGCUCCCGGCGCCGCCUGAGCCUGGCCUGCCAGCAGCCACCGCCGCCAGCACAGCCACAGGCCUCCUUCUACUUCUGCCGGCUGCUGCUGGACGACUUGGGAAUGAACUCCUGGGACAGAAGAAAAAGCUUUCAUCUGCUGAAGAAAAAUUCAAAGUUACUGCGAGAACUGAAAAAUCUGGAUUCCCGCCAAUGCCGUGAGACGCACAAGAUCGCUGUGUUCUACAUCGCCGAGGGACAGGAGGACAAGUGCUCCAUCCUGGCCAACGCCAGGGGAAGCCAGGCCUACGAAGAUUUUGUGGCUGGGCUGGGCUGGGAGGUCGACCUGUCCACGCACUGCGGGUUCAUGGGCGGCCUGCAGCGCAACGGCAGCACGGGGCAGACCGCGCCCUACUACGCCACCUCCACCGUGGAGAUCAUCUUCCACGUGUCCACCAGGAUGCCCUCCGACUCCGACGACUCCCUGACCAAAAAGCUCCGUCACUUGGGAAACGACGAGGUUCACAUCGUGUGGUCCGAGCACACCCGCAACUACCGCCGGGGCAUCAUCCCCACCGACUUCGGGGACGUGCUCAUCGUCAUCUACCCCAUGAAGAACCACAUGUUCUUCAUCGAGAUCAUGAAGAAGCCCGAGGUGCCGUUUUUCGGUCCCCUCUUCGACGGCGCCAUCGUGACCGCGAAGCUGCUGCCCAGCCUGGUCUGUGCCACGUGCAUCAACGCCAGCAGAGCCGUCAAGUCCCUCAUCCCCCUCUACCAGAGCUUCUACGAGGAGAGAGCUCUGUACCUCGAAGCCAUCAUCCAGAACCACAAAGAAGUGAUGACGUUUGAGGAUUUUGCCGCUCAGGUCUUCUCUCCCUCUCCCAGCUACUCCCUCGGUGGAACUGAUUAGAGUGUUAAUGCUCUCGCUACAGUAACGGCACAGGCUGCCUCACCACAAGUGCAAGCACUGACCUCACUGACACCGCUGGAAUCGAGCUGGCAGAGCCACCCUCAGCCCCACUGCCACGUGCCUCCAGGAGCAGGGUCUCUGGGGAGCUCCACCAGUGCCCUCAGCCCCACUGCCACGUGCCUCCAGGAGCAGGGUCUCAGCAAGGCGUCCACCUGAGGCCCUGGAGCUCAGAGCUGUGGCCAGGGCAGCCCACGGCACCUGAGCACAGAUCACAACAGGCAGCUCUGGGUGAACACGUCUUGAAGAGCCUGGGUGAGGAGUUUGCUCUGUGAAAUGGCCUUUCUCCAGUCUGGACAGACAUAGCUGGGGACUGGAUGUCACCUGUGUCACUGUCACCACUGCGCUGGCACCAUGUGAGCCAAGCCCCUGGGCGCAGGUGCCGCAGCCAGAGGUCAUGAACCAGCUCUGAGACCAGUUAUUUAAUGUAUUUAGUGUACUAGAGCACUGCUUUAGUCAUUCCAGGCAGCACUUACCUGUGCAUUAGGGAAUUUCUGCUAAAGAGAGGUUUUCCUGUGACUAGCCCGGUAGCAAACGUUCCCUGCUGGAGCACAGGUGGAUGAGGGAUGUCCCAGUGCGGGAAUUCCGUGGCUUUUCUGCGGUGUGUGUGAUGGCUGUGCACUGGAACUGCUCCCUAGAGAAACAAAAAUAAGCAAAUCACUUUUAGAAGAGCAAAUGCCACACACCUGCCAUGACCCCUUUCCGGCACAGCGUGAAGAACUGAGUAACCCCCUCACCUUGUCCCAGCAGGGACCUGUCUCUAGCCAGAGGACAACUCAGCUAAAGGUUUCUGAGGACUUAAUUCCUCCUGGCACCUGCUGUCGUGAGCAGAGCUCGUGUUGGCAGUAGCUGAGGUGUUUUGGUCUACAGGUGUCAUAGGUUGAUGGGGUUAAAUAUCAGGUAUUUUAAAGCAACAGAACUCUGAGCUCAGCAGCCCCAGAGCCCUGUCCUGCUGCUGCUUGGUUGCUCCUGGGCACACACAGGCACACCUCCCAACAGAAUGGGAGUUGUUUUGAGCAAAGGGACUGCGUUUUUUGGGAAAGGCCCCGUUGGGCCCCCGUGUUUGUUUCUGCACUUGCACUUGGUAUUGCAGCUGUCUGUCCAUCUGAGUGCCAGCACCUGCCCAGGGGCCACCCAGUGCCUGUGGGGCACAUUCCAGCCAUGGCCAGUGAUGCUGAGGUGGCCCUUGGGCUCUGCCUGUGCUCUGUGCCUGAGGGGCAGCAGCUCAGCCUCAGUGCCUGGCAGGAACUCACCUGGUGCAGCUGCAGGAAGGAACCUCUAUCACUGAGAGCUUGGGCAAACCGGUUUGAUUUUCUGCUUCACAGCUGGGUUUUGCUUUCUAUUGAUUUUCUGUCAGUGAAGGAACCUGGGAAAUAAAACAUGUAUUUUAAUUUAUUUUACAUUCAGGGCUGGACAGGCAAGGGUGUCUGGCACAUAGUUAUCCAAUAGCUGGUCUGAAAGAAUUUCAAAGGCAUCCUUCUGAGUAAGGAGCCUUUUCUCCUUAGAGCAAUAUGUACCUCUAAUUCAGGGAAGAAUUAAGACAUCAAUGAAAAUCGUGUUUUCCUGAUGUCAAAAAACUAUUAAUUUGUAUAAACUCCGCUGUGGUUUUGCACCCUGAACUGGAUGACAAAGCCACUCUGUUACCCCUCACAAAAUUAAUAAAUCUUUGCUCACAAUAAAGUUUCUCCCCAGAGCAAUAAAAGGUGGUACCUGUGGUGUGUGUGGCGGUGGGAGGGAGGUGCCUGGGCUGGAACUCCGAUGCUGCUGCGGGUGCCGUGGGUGUGCAGGGCUGGCUCCCAGGGGACAGGGACAGUCCCUGCUGGAUGUGGCUUCAGUCCCUCUGGGCUGCGGAGCAGGCAGCGGCGUUCCCAGCCCGGAGAGCUCUCGAGGACUCCACACCGCGCCGUGACUGACACGGAGCCACCUUUGUCACGCACUGCGGCCCCACAUGGCGGCAGUGCCCUUGGCCACCCUGCAGGGUGGCACCUCCUGCCAGCCCGGCCCUGCCCGUGGCACCAAGCACAGUGACAGCCCUUUGGGGCCCCCAGAAACCACUGGGCAAUUCCCUGCAAUGCCUCGUGGUCCAAGCAGCAGUGUUAAAAAUAAGAGGUUUGUAAUGGUGAUUUUCUCCUCUACAGAGGAGCAUUCCUAGAGCAAAUGCAGGGGGCUGCACUCAGCUGUAAUGAUGUCUGAAAAGACAAAGGAAAUCUCCCUUCCUUUGCUGAAGAGCCACACCAAAGUCCUCUCCUAAAUUGCUUUCAGGUGCUCUAACUAGAAAUGGAGAGUUAAUCCAGCUAGCUCCAGAUAAGAUACUUACUUUGCAGAAGUGAAUGUGCACACACUAAGGAGCUGUUGGGAACCCGGAUUCCACCUGCCUUUCCCAGCACCAGCACCCUGGAGCGGGUGGGGAGCAGGCUGUGCUCACCGCUCAGGGGCUGUGCUGGCAGCGCUCUGAGCCGGCAGUGCCCGCCCCAGGGCUGGCACAGCUGCUGUCCCCGCUGCCCUGGCAGCAGCAGGUGCAUGUGGGACAGGCUCCAGACAGAGGGCAGGCAGCUCCCACACAGCUGAGAGCCUGGCACCGGCACC